AUGCGAACGUCGCGCGUGUCAAAGGACACGAAAAGAGUCGUGCAGGCUCUUUUCUCCCCAAACCGACGCCAAACUCGCAGCCAGGCGGCCGCAAAUGCCUUGCAAAGAUUCAAGUACUCUGGGAGCUCCGGUGCUGAUGCAACACCGGAUCCACUCCCUGCGAAUACGCCUUCUGAACUGAGUGAUGACAGCUCCUCUCUCUCCUCAGUGAAAACAGAAGAUAUUGAAGACCUCUUUGAGCCCCCAGUGAAAAAACGCAGACGCGAUACCGAGACACCUUCCACCAACACAAGCUCUGAUGCAGCAACCCGUACAGUGUCUGGCCGGUCUUCUCGAAAGGUCCUUGUAAAGCAGGAGACCCCAACCGUGGCAUCUAAUGCUUCUAAAGCUCGUCGACAACCGGCUCGAAAGAUUACACGGGAAGAUGGCACCGUGGAGGUCCAGCCGCCUUCCAACUGGGAAACCAUAUAUGCGAUUGUGAAGAAAAUGAGAGAGGAGAAUCUCACUGCUCCCGUCGACACGAUGGGCUGUGCGGAGCUGUACUGGCGCGCCUCGUCGCCCCGAGACAGGAGAUUCCAAAUCUUGAUAGCGCUCAUGCUGUCGUCGCAGACGAAAGACACAGUAACGGCAGUAGCCAUGCAGCGAUUACAUACCGAGCUAGGAGAUGCAACAGGUUCUUCUGAGACAUCUUCAAAGGCCAAGACAGAGGAUGGCGAAGUCAAAGACAGCACCUUGAAUAUCGAGAACAUUCUGGCUGUCUCUCCAGAGCGUCUCAAUGAGCUCAUUCGAACCGUCGGGUUUCAUAACAACAAGACGAAGUAUAUCAAGGAGGCGGCUGUCAUCCUGCGUGAUAAAUACAACUCAGACAUUCCUUCCACAGCUGAGGAGCUAAUGAAGCUGCCUGGAGUUGGUCCGAAGAUGGCAUACCUUUGUAUGAGUGCUGCUUGGGGCAAACAUGAGGGAAUUGGGGUUGAUGUCCAUGUUCAUCGCAUCACCAACCUUUGGGGCUGGCACAACACCAAGACUCCAGAGGAGACGCGCAUGGCCCUUGAGUCCUGGCUUCCCAGGGACAAGUGGCACGAGAUCAACAAGCUGCUUGUUGGACUGGGACAAACGGUCUGUCUGCCUGUGGGCAGGCGGUGUGGGGAGUGCGACCUGGCAGGAAAGGGCUUGUGCAAGAGCGAAAUCAAGGGACUGGUUCCUAAAAAAAAGAAACAGGCAACUGUCUAA